AGGGGCCUUUCCUGCUCAAGUGAACACAUCGGAGGAUAAGUUGAAGACAUCAGCGCUAAAUGUGGCUAGUCCAAAAGAAGACGACCCUUAAUUAUUAAAAUAUCGUUACCUGCCGGGUCCGUGCGGCUUCAUGCUCUGUUACAGCGGAGACGUUUGAGUCUGUCGGCGUGUGUGCUGCGCCAGGUGUCGGGCCACAGAGUGUGGGAAAAUGCCAUCUUUUUCAUGGAGGGUUUGGCCCGCACUUGUGUUGCUUCUCUUCCCUUCUACUGUGGCUGCAGAAGAGUCAUCACUACUGGAAGGCUGGCACGAUGUCUGGCUCUUCCGCUUCCUCGUCAACAUGCUGGGAUACUCCACCAUCAUCAUCCCUGGCUACCUCCUCAUUAGCUACUUCAAGCGCACCAAUUACUUGGAAACAGGUAGUGGGAUCUGCUACCCUGUCAUAAGAACCUGCGUGUUUGGCAAUGAGGCCAAAACAGGUCUUUUGGAUGAUGUGUCAGUUGCACCCAGGAACGAGGGAGAUUCAGGCUCGUCAGUCAGACAGGCCAUCAAGUUAAUCUUUUGUGCUGCUGGACUUCAGGCAUCGUACCUGACAUGGGGUGUCCUGCAGGAGAGGGUGAUGACUCGUUCCUAUGGGGCCACGACUCCAGAGGACCAGGGAGAGAAAUUCAAGGACUCCCAGUUCUUGGUUAUGAACCGUAUCCUGGCUCUGACCGUGUCGGGCCUCUGGUGCGUCCUGUUUAAGCAACCUCGCCACGGAGCACCGAUGUACAAGUACUCCUUUGCCUCACUCUCCACAUCCCUGAGCAGCUGGUGCCAGUACGAGGCCCUCAAAUACAUCAGCUUCCCCACGCAAGUCUUGGCCAAGGCCUCUAAAGUCAUUCCUGUCAUGCUUAUGGGCAAGAUCGUCUCCCGUAAGAGCUAUGAAUAUUGGGAGUACUUCACCGCCGUGCUGAUCUCAGUGGGUGUCAGCAUGUUCCUGCGUCCAGCACGACCAGCAAGCAACCCGUCCACCGUCACCACCUUCAGCGGGAUCAUCAUCCUGGUUGGCUACAUCGUCUUCGACAGCUUCACCUCCAACUGGCAGGACAACCUUGUCAAGUACAAGAUGUCAUCAGUGCAGAUGAUGUUUGGAGUCAACCUGUUCUCCUGCCUCUUCACCGUCGGCUCGCUGCUGGAGCAGGGCUUCUUCGACUCGCUGGCCUUCAUGACGCGUCACUCUGAGUUUGCCUUUCAUGCCGUGUUGCUGUCCGUGUGUUCAGCAUGUGGCCAGCUCUUCAUCUUCUACACCAUCAACCAGUUCGGUGCUGCCGUCUUCACUCCAUCAUGACCCCUGAGGCAGGCCAUCGCCAUUCUUCUCUCCUGUUUCCUUUACGGCCACGCUGUCACCAUUGUAGGUGGAUUUGGUGUUGCCGUCGUUUUCCUGGCACUUUUCCUGCGGGUUUAUGCACGUAGCCGCAUGAAGUCAGGCCGACGGUCAGCGCAGCCAAUUGCACAGACAGAAGCAUUUAGAAAUGUAAUUGUAUUUCCACUAUAUCUUAUAUUGUGUUACUCCCUUAAGGUUUGGCCCGCACUUGUGUUGCUUCUCUUCCCUUCUACUGUGGCUGCAGAAGAGUCAUCACUACUGGAAGGCUGGCACGAUGUCUGGCUCUUCCGCUUCCUCGUCAACUUGCUGGGAUACUCCACCAUCAUCAUCCCUGGCUACCUCCUCAUUAGCUACUUCAAGCGCACCAAUUACUUGGAAACAGGUAGUGGGAUCUGCUACCCUGUCAUAAAGACCUGCGUGUUUGGCAAUGAGGCCAAAACAGGUUCUUUGGAUGAUGUUUCAGUUGCACCCAGGAACGAGGGAGAUUCAGGCUCGUCAAUCAGACAGGCCAUCAAGUUAAUCUUUUGUGCUGCUGGACUUCAGGCAUCGUACCUGACAUGGGGUGUCCUGCAGGAGAGGGUGAUGACUCGUUCCUAUGGGGCCACGACUCCAGAGGACCAGGGAGAGAAAUUCAAGGACUCCCAGUUCUUGGUCUUCAUGAACCGUAUCCUGGCUCUGACCGUGUCGGGCCUCUGGUGCGUCCUGUUUAAGCAACCUCGCCACGGAGCACCGAUGUACAAGUACUCCUUUGCCUCACUCUCCAACAUCCUGAGCAGCUGGUGCCAGUACGAGGCCCUCAAAUACAUCAGCUUCCCCACGCAAGUCUUGGCCAAGGCCUCUAAAGUCAUUCCUGUCAUGCUUAUGGGCAAGAUCGUCUCCCGUAAGAGCUAUGAAUAUUGGGAGUACUUCACCGCCGUGCUGAUCUCAGUGGGUGUCAGCAUGUUCCUGCUGUCCAGCACGACCAGCAAGCACCCGUCCACCGUCACCACCUUCAGCGGGAUCAUCAUCCUGGUUGGCUACAUCGUCUUCGACAGCUUCACCUCCAACUGGCAGGACAACCUGUUCAAGUACAAGAUGUCAUCAGUGCAGAUGAUGUUUGGAGUCAACCUGUUCUCCUGCCUCUUCACCGUCGGCUCGCUGCUGGAGCAGGGCGCCUUCUUCGACUCGCUGGCCUUCAUGACGCGUCACUCUGAGUUUGCCUUUCAUGCCGUGUUGCUGUCCGUGUGUUCAGCAUGUGGCCAGCUCUUCAUCUUCUACACCAUCAACCAGUUCGGUGCUGCCGUCUUCACCAUCAUCAUGACCCUGAGGCAGGCCAUCGCCAUUCUCCUCUCCUGUUUCCUUUACGGCCACGCUGUCACCAUUGUAGGUGGAUUUGGUGUUGCCGUCGUUUUCCUGGCACUUUUCCUGCGGGUGUAUGCACGUAGCCGCAUGAAGUCAGGCCGACGGUCAGCGCAGCCAAUUGCACAGAAGGUGUAGCACUCCAAAGUCACACUAAACUGGGAACUGAGACCACGUUUUCUGUGGUGCUUUUUGUCUAUUUGUGUCUAUCUGUUAGGUCUGUUUUUGUUUUUUUUACUGUUCUGUUCUUUUCCAUUGGUUUUUAUUUUUGUUAGCAAUGGUACAGAAAGGGAUUCUGCAGUUUUGACUCUUACACCAAGAUGCCCCCAAGGGGUCCAUGUGAUUUGAGUGCCUGUAAGAUUGUCUAAUACACAAGUCCCAAACUGCAAUCUACAAACUGCCUCUUCAGCUAUUUCACAGUUUAAUGGUAGAAUAGUUUUUCUUAGACCACAAUAUGUGGCUUGUGCAGCCAGUGGAGGGUUCCCGUGAUCCAGGGAAAGGCUUGUUAGCUGUAUGGUGAAGCAUUAAAAUUUUGACAUGAAUUUUAUGACAACGCCCCUUCUAAACUUUAUCUUAAACAUUGCAACCAAACACUCUGCUUUCAUAAAGACAAUGCUUUCUGUCCAUUAGGUUAUCUUUCAGUCACAAUAGCCAGACACUGAUCUCACAGUCCUCCAUGUUGGAGAGCAGGGGCCUUUGUGUCUUCAUGUUGGAUUUUAUCUUGUAAAGUGGUAAACAUUGCCUGAAUACACGGUGCAUACAUUACUGUUUAAUUUAAGGUAUAUUAACAUGUUCCAGAGGCUGCCAUCUGUAAUAGAGAGUGAUAAACAACAGUUUGUGUAAUAAGAGUGCACUACUUACAAAUUGUAUAGUUUUGCUCUGACGUCACUGAAUCAGAUGCUGCUGUUGGUACUUUUUGCUCUGCAUUAUUUUAAGAUAAUUCUUUUGUUGUCUUCACAACACAGAUUCUACUCAAUGUUUUUAAAAAUGGGCAAAAAAAUCAUGUAAAUAUAUCUGAAAGUCAUUGUUUAUUUCCAACCAACUUGUCUGUUGUGUACUUUUGUAAAAGGACUGCUUCACGUGUUUCACCGUUCCAUGUGAAUGUCUGGAGGAAUACUGAAUGGAUGUUGAUGAUGCUCAUUGCUGUCACGAGGAUGUGAAGAUAAAAUGCAUAAGAGAAUGCAUACAAGGGAAAUGCAAUGUUACUGGUUCCUUGUUUUUAUCAUUCUACUAUUUCUGGAUUAUUAAUAAAACAUAUUAAAUUAACUUAAA